GACGAUGAAGAAGACACGCCAAUAUACACCAACCCGCAACCACAAAUUGAGGAAACGCCUCAAGUAAUGGUUGACAAUGAAGAAGAUCAAGCGGACGAAGAAGAACACGAGGAAGGCCAGGAACAAGAGGAAACCGAUCUUCCCGUUGCUUGGAGAACGAACAAGAACCAUCCACUUGACCAGGUAAUCGGCAGCAUCAACCGCGGGAAUCUUCAUCAUGGGCAAAGACAAGAGCAGGGUAGGAACUUCCGGGAAAUCCAAGUCCAAAUCCGCGCGCCUACAACGACUUUCGAGGAAUGCCUCUACUACGGCGAUGGGUCGUAUCUCUGGUUCGAUUCUAAGGAGGAGCGCACCUCCUUCCUCACCUUUUUCUCCAAGCGGGUUGUGGCUCCCCCGCGGAUUGUCCUAGAGCGCCUACCAGAGUUGCAGGGCUACGCCGACCUCGACGCACAGCUUCACCAAACUGGCGUAUGGCCGUUCGUCUCCCGAGCUCGGAAGGAGAUCAACCCAGCGCUGAUUCGGGUGUUCUACUCCAACCUCCGGCGCGGCGACAUCUCCAACUAUGGCGGAGAGGAUUGGGUUCUCAACAACGCAGGCCUUGUCCUCAACGAGCUUGGCAUCACCGAGCUCACCCGCCAUGCCACGGGCCGCCCCACCAUCCACUCCGCGACCCCCGAGAGCCGCCUCCUCUUCUACAUCGUGUCCCGGAUUCUCAAGCCCCGGAAGCACGGGCACACGAUCAUGUCCAGCGAGGACCUCAAGCUCCUCCAUGCCAUCAUGCACUCGGCACCGAUCAAUUGGGCCAAGUUCAUCAUGAUUUACAUGACGGACGCCACGUCUACCGCCCACGAUCAUCUCCUCCCCUACCCCUUCUUGGUGAUGGACAUCCUUGAACGGUUCAAGGUGACCACCACCGUUGGCCCGCUCACCAAGUCCAUGAAGAUUUGGACGAUCAGCGCCCAAACCUUCAAGAAGCGGUCGGACAACGCCGGACCCGCCACUGCCACGCCAUGCCGCACUGCCCUUGGCCCAGGCGAACCCCAGGCCCGGGCAAACCUAGCCUCCAUCGCCGACUCCCUCAACCGGCUACACUUCAAAGUUGACCGGAUGGAUGGCUACCUUGAACGGCUCGACGAGACUGUUCAACGCCAAGGGCACGCCAUGAACGCGUACUUCCAACGCGUCAACUACGUCCCUCCACCGUACCACAGCACGUUCUUUGGGGAAGUGUACGGUGACAAGGACGAAGAGGAUGGCUCCUACGCCCCGACAAGCUCCCCGGACGAGGAUGAGUUCGAUGACGCCAUUGACGGUGAUGACAUGGACGACGACGACGACGAAGAAACCGACGGCGAAGAGGAGAAAGACGAAGACUAGGCCGCCCCUAGAAUUUCUAUCUCUUUUUUAUUGUCAUGUUUUUUUACUUGCUUCCGUUGUACUCCGCUAUUUCCCAUUUCAAUAAAUAAAUAUUAUCUUCUAUCUUUUUGUAAAUGUCAAAAGGGGGAAGAAAAGGGCUAUGCAUAC